AUGCGUCACGAUAUUCAAUGCCUUCGUGCAAUUGCCAUCAUCGGCGUCGUCGGAUUCCACAUAUUUCCCGACAAUCUCCCCAACGGAUUUCUGGGGGUCGAUGUCUUUUUCGUCAUCUCCGCAUUUUUGAUGUCGAAGAUUUUGUACGCCAAAUCGCUCGACGUCGCCACAAUCGCCGAUUUCUACUAUAAAAGGAUCAAACGAAUCUGGAUCAUUUAUUAUUUGAUCAUUUUCGCCAUCAAUCUCUCAAAACAAUUCUUGCAAGCCGAAAUCUGGUGGCCGAAUAACAAUAUUUAUGCGUUCUUCUCGCUUUUGUUCUUGACAAAUCAGAAAAUCAUAAGCGAUCAGAACGAUUAUUUCAACGCGUUCAAAACCGACGUCACCGCCAACAAUUUAUUCCUUCACUGCUGGUCAUUGAGUGUCGAAGUCCAAUUCUACACCAUCGUGCCUUUCGUCUUCAUCGGCCUGCAUCAACUCAAAUCGAUUCGACUCAGGAUUAUCGCUUUAAUCAUCGCCUCGAUCAUUUCAUUCUCGAUCACCUUCAUUUCGAUCGAUCCCAACUUCACCUUCAAUUUUGCGAUCGCCCGAUUCUAUCAAUUCUUCGCCGGCAUUCUCGGCCAUAUAAUAGGGUCCGAAUUGAUAAGCGACGCCAAAAAAGACAAUUAUGGAUGGCGCCAAUACGAUUUGUGCGCGUUGGCGGCGAUUUUGGCGAUAUUCUGGCCGCUUCACGUCGCACCAACAAUUCUCAGAAUAUUCGUCACAAUUCUGACCGCCUAUAUUCUCGUCGCCAAUUUCGAGCUUUUGUGCUCGCCUUUUUCGACGCUCGCCUACAUCGGCGACAUCUCCUAUUUGAUCUACCUCAUCCAUUGGCCAAUUUGGCUCUAUUUCAAAAACUAUUUAAGCGUUUUAUCAAUUAUCUAUCUCAUUGGAUUAUUAUCGAUUCUUGUGCAUCAUUCAAUCGAGACCAAUUUUCUUCGACAAAAUCAUCGGCCGACGGUUUUCGCCAUUUUGGCGUCGCUCAUCGCCGCCAAUUCGUUGUUACUGUACUCGUUGGCGAAUGGGACCGAUUCGGGUUUUUUGAGAUAUUCAAAAGUUCACAACGACGUGAUCGAUGAAAAUUUGAAAUUGACGAAUGUCAGUUGGACGCAUCCGCCGUGUGAUCUUGAAAAAUUUGACAACACCACCAUCGACGAAUCGUUCGGCCAUUGCAAAUUCCCGCCGGGCAAUGGGACCCUCAAAAUCAUGCUCAUCGGAAAUAGCUAUACGCUGAAUCAAGCGCAAACAAUCCAUAAAGCGUUUCGCGGGAAUUUCUCGAGUUUCGAGUAUGUCUCGAUGAUUAGUAAUUAUGGAAUCUACGCGGAUGACAUCGAUGGCAGUCGAGCGAAAUUGGAGUAUAGUAAGCGAAUUGCGGCGCGUGAGAAGCCUGAUGUGAUUUUUGUGAUUUCGAGAUUUAUGCAAAGCCCUCGAUGGAAUAUCAUCGAUAUCGAGAAUGACAAGAUUGUUCGAAAAAUGCGCGAAAAUGUGGCAUAUUAUGAAACAAUAGCGAAAAAGGUCUACAUAAUGUCGCCAUUGCCGCAAACGCCGCUCAAUUUUCUGAACAUAUUUGUCAGUGAGCUAAUGUUGAAAACGGAGAAUUUGGAAUAUCUGAAUAUACCAAAAAUGGAUUUUAUCAAAGACUCGAAAAAUUUGAGAAGGCGAUUGAACAAUUUGAAGUGCUCCAAUUGUGAGCUCUAUGACAUGAGUCGAUUAUUUUUCAACGGCAAAUCCUAUCAAACGUUCGAUGCUGAAACGAAUUUGGCUUAUUUCGACAACGAAAUUCAUUUGACGCCGCCGGCGCUUCAAUUAAUCGAAUCGUUUUAUAACGAGUUUCUGACGAAAAUGAAGAUUUGA